AUGUUUUGUGCCGCCGCGUACUGCUCACCAGCCAGUCCAACUCCUGAGCGAGCGUCCUCUGCCUCGCCAGCGUCAGAGUGCAACGUCGGGAAACAGGUUUGCUGUAUCUCGUUGCAAAAAUCCAAUGCUCCUGGGGUUCCUUCUCUUGUUCAGUCUCUUGGAUUGAGCCUUGUCGAUAAGGCUAUGAUCGGGUUUGACUGUUCUCCUCUCGCGGCUGCCGUUGCUGGAGGGUCAAGCUGUAGCCAGCAACCCGUGUGCUGUGACCACACUCAAUUCCGGAAAUGGCUAACCUCGAUGGAAAUGAAGAACGGGCUUGUGAAUGUUGGAUGUGUUCCGUUGAAUGUAGCCGUAUAA